AUGGAAGAAGACGACGUUCCCCACGCGGACAUCGAACUGGACGCCGGCGCCGAGCCGGGCGAGUUCGAGUCCCGACUGCUCUCGCUGCUCCGCCGGCUGCUUCCCGAGUGGGUGGACGUCCGUGAUAUCGCCGUGGAGCCCAUCACCGGGGGCAUCACAAACGAGCUGACGCUGGCGAUCCCGACGGUGCACGCACCCGGGUCGCGCGAGGGAGACGAGACACGGCGUGGAGGAGGAGGAGAAGGAAGGGUCGAACCCGUGGUGGUUCGGGUGUUCGGCAACGGAACCGACGCCUUCCUCGACCGCGCCGCGGAGAACCGCGCCGUGCGCGCGCUCAACGCCCACGGCUUCGGCGCGACGUGCCUCGCCACCUUCGCCAACGGCAGGGUCGAGGAGGCGCUCACGCGGCUGCGGCCGAUGACGCCGGCGGAGAUGCCUUCGCCGGGCGGAGCGGCGGCGAUCGCGGGCGCCAUGGCGCGGCUCCACUCGCUCCCGCUCGACGUCGUGCCGGUGUCCACCUCGGCACCUACCUCGGCACCCACCUCGGCACCCAUCGGCACCCGAAGGACGACGUACGACGUCCUCCGCGAAUGGCUUCGAAACGCGAAGGCGUGGGAUUUUCGACCCGCCGCAGCCGCCGCGAGGGGAUCCACCGUGGAGGCGAUGCGAGCCGCGCGGGACGCGCUGGGGCUCGACGACAUCGACAUCGACGACGAGGUGGGACGGUUGGAGGCGGCGGCGGCGGCGCACGCGGCGCGGGUGGGUGUUGGAGGCGCGUGUUCGGUAUCGAUAUCCGACGCGUCCGCGUUUGUCCCGCUGCACAACGACGCCCUCGCCGGUAACUUCCUCGUCGACCCCUUCUGGGACGCCAAAUCCGGAAAGCCGCCGAGGGAGAUGCGGACGAUAGACUUCGAGUACAUCUGCGUCGGGCCGAGGGGUUUCGACGUCGCGAACCACUUCAUCGAGCACGCGGGGUUCGAGUGCGACUGGUCGCUGCUGCCGGAUGCGGAUACGAGGUUUCGGUUUUAUCGCGCCUACCAAUCGUCCCUCGACGUGUACCAAUCGCGUCCACCUUCGCAAACGGACGCGGCGUCCGCGGCGGCGGGGGAUUCGAUCGAAUCGAUGGAGCUGGAGGUGGCGCUGAUGACGCCGGUGUCGCACCUGUGGUGGGGGCUGUGGGCGGUGAUGCAGGCGACGACGAGCACGAUCGAUUUCGACUACUUGGGGUACGCGGCAAAGAGGCUCGAGGCGUUUCGGGAGACCAGGACGACAUCUUUGGAACGUAGAGUACAAGUGACUAGCUAAUAAUCUUAGAGUGGCGAGGACAAACCUUCGUGAGAUUACGAUAGUGGCGACGAUCACGUGUACAAAGCCGUGAAAAAUAACAUAGGGGAAGGGAACCGAGGACCGGCUCGUCACGACCUCGCGGACGAGGUCCGCUUGAGGCUUCCGCCGGGCGAACCCAGCCCGCUCUUCUUCAACUUCUCCUUGGCCUCGCUCAGCUGCCGCCGCAGCUUGGCGUUCUCCUUCUCGAGCUCCGAUAUCUUCUUCUCCUGGUCCCGAGACCGCUUCUCGAGCUCCUCCGCGUGCUGCGCCUUGCGCCGGUGCGACCUCGCCGCGCUCUCCCUGUUCUUACGCUGGCGCUCCUCGGCGCGAAGCCUCUUCUCCUCCUCCGUCUCGGUGUCGACCUCGCCCUUGCGCCGCCUGCCCUUCUUCUUCGGGGGUAGGUUGACGAUCGGGCGAUCUGACUCGAUCGCGACGCGGCCCCGCUUCUUGGUCUCCUUGGCUGCCGGCGCCGCCGCCGCCGCCGCCGCCGAGCCCGCCUUCCCGGGCGACGCCGGUCCCUUAUCUUUGCUCCUGGUCCCUCGCGGCGGAGCUGCCAUGACCUCCAACGCGGCGUUCUCCAGCGCCACCUUCUGGCUCCCCGCGAUUCCUCGCAACGGCGCGGGGU